GGGGGAGGGGGUGGGACCAGGCUCCUCGGCUACCGCAGCUGGAGAGCGGCCGCGCCGGAGCCGAGGUGGCGUCGGGGUGCGCUGCGGGUGGAGCGAAGCGGAAGAAGGAGGAGGAGCUGGUGCGCGAUGGCGGCGGCGGCGGCGGCCUACGAGCAGCUGAAGCUGCACAUUACACCUGAAAAGUUCUAUGUGGAAGCUUGUGACGAUGGAGCAGACGACGUGCUCACCAUUGACCGAGUGUCCACGGAGGUCAGCCUUGCAGUCAAAAAAGAUGUCCCCCCUUCAGCUGUUACAAGACCAAUAUUUGGGAUACUGGGCACAAUCCAUCUGGUGGCAGGUAAUUAUCUUGUUGUCAUUACCAAAAAGAUGAAAGUAGGUGAAUUUUUUAAUCAUGCAAUCUGGAAAGCCACAGAUUUCGAUGUUCUUUCUUAUAAGAAGACAAUGCUGCACUUAACUGAUAUUCAGUUACAAGAUAAUAAAACUUUCUUAGCAAUGCUAAACCAUGUCUUGAGUACGGAUGGAUUUUACUUUUCAACAACGUAUGACUUGACCCAUACUCUGCAGCGGCUGUCAAACACCAGCCCAGAAUUCCAGGAAAUGAGUCUCUUGGAAAGGGCAGAUCAGCGGUUUGUGUGGAAUGGGCACCUGCUUAGAGAACUGUCUGCUCAGCCAGAGGUAAUGUACUCCAAAUCUGCUCCGUGCUGUGUGCAUUUUUGCUUGUGUACUGUAAGAUGACUGACCGCUCACCCAGGGAGGGUGAGUAAU